UCUACAUUUCUUAUCAAAGAACAAAAAACUUCAUGAAUAGGGAACUUAAUAAUUCAUUACAAAGUGGAGAAUUCGAAAAGAAAAAUUUCCCAUCGUUACUUAUAAAAAUUAAAAAGUAAUCUGAAUAUUUGGGAUAAUUUUUUUUAUUACACGAAAAGCGUCUUCGGAAAACUUGAAAAAAACCUCUGAUGGUGCUUUGAGAAUAUUGAAGGAAGUUAAUUAACAAAAAGAAGAAGGGAGUAAAAAGAACUGACCUAAAAUUCUUAUGUUAAUAUUAUGCUAAAUUAAUCCUUAUCAAUUUAAAAGAGAGAAAAAAAAUGACUUUGCAAAAAAAAAUUUACAUUUUUUAAAGACAUUUUUUUGCGUAGCUAAAAUAUAAUUUACUCUUUCAGUUUGAAUCUGAAUUUCAAACAGAAAAAUUAAUUUUCCUCAAAAAAUUUCAAACUCAAGUUUAAAUUAAUUAAAUCCAGUGUAUUAAUUUUUUUUUUUGCUUCAUUUUCAGUUAAUAAAAAAAACCUGUUAUUACACUUGAUUACUGAAACAAUAUGUGUGAGAGAAGAGAACGUGAGGAAGAAAUUAAAUUACAUCUCUAAAUUUGCAGACAACGAAAAAAUGCGACAUUUUAAUUUAUUUUUUUUAUUCUCUCUAUUUAACAUUGCAAUUAAUGUGAGUAACACAUACAGAAUUCUCGGCGUUUUUCCAUUUGGUUCGCGAAGUCACAAUAAUGUCUUUGAAAGUAUAACAAAAGCUCUCGCACGUCACGGUCAUCAGGUGGACGUUAUUUCGCAUUACGAUUUAAAAACACCAAUUAAAAAUUACACGAGAAUUAUCAGUUUAGAAGGAAUAUUUAAGAAAAUAUCAAAUAGUUGGGACGCAAAUCAAGCGAAACAAGUGGCGAAUACAGAAAUUGUUGAUUUAAUUGUCAGAGAUUGUGGCAAUAAAUUAUGCGAUUUACUCGGAUUGAAGGGAAUUGAGAAAUUUCUCAAAAAUCUACCCAAUGAUCCAGCUUAUGAUUUAGUUAUAACAGAGGCGGCCGCAGAGAAUUGUUUCUUCGGUUUGGGCUUUGCGCUGAAAGUUCCAGUGGUGGGAAUUUCGACUCUUUUACAAUUUUCAUGGUUCGACGAGAGUAUUGGAAAUCCAAUUGCGCCAGGAUUGGCAGUAAGUCUCUAUAUGGAAAAUGCCGAAAUUUCAACAUUUUGGGAUCGUUUGAGGAAUACCUUCUUGACGCAAUUUGCAAGAUUGAAAUUUUAUCAACUCACGGAGAAAUAUCAAACUGAAGCAAUGCGAAAACAUUUGACUCCCGAAAUUCCGAAUAUACGUGAAAUCGAGAGAAAUGUUUCGCUAAUAUUUGUCAAUACUUAUCAAAGUUUAUUUGGCAUACGACCAAAUACACCGGCACUAAUUCCAAUUGGUGGCAUACAAGUUGAACAAAACGACGAAAAAAUUUCCUCAGAAUUAAAGAAUUGGAUGGACGAAAGCAAAGAAGGCGUUGUUUUCUUCACGUUGGGAUCGAUGGUAAUUGUGGAAAGUCUAAUGAAGGAUAAAAUAUUUUCGCUUUACGCUUCGUUCGCUAAAAUUUCACCUGUUCGAGUUUUGAUGAAGAUUAAGGAUCGAAGUAAACUUCCUCCAGGCUUACCGGACAAUGUUCUGCCCAUGCCAUGGAUUCCUCAGAUUCCAGUUUUGCGUCACAAGAAUACUCGUAUUUUUAUAACUCACUGUGGACUAAAUAGCAUAAAUGAAGCAAUGUACUUUGGAGUACCAAUGAUUGGAAUUCCAUUAUUUGGCGAUCAAAUGAUGAAUAUUAAUUUAUUAAUGUCAAAAAAUUUGGCGGUGAAAUUAAAUUACGAACAGAUGACCGAGAAGCAUUUGGACGAGGCUUUAAAUAAACUUCUUUACGAUCCUAAAUACGAGCAAGCGGCAAAACGUGCAUCUCGUUUAUUUCGAGAUCGACAAAUGAGUGCAACGGAGACGGCAAUUUUUUGGAUUGAAUACAUAAUUAGAAAUGGAGCCGAUUCGUUAAAAUCGCCAGCAAUCGAUUUGUACUGGCAUCAAUUGGAAUUACUGGACGUUUACGGAAUUUUAAUUCUCGCUACUCUCGUAAUAAUUUACGUGUCAUUUCUUAUUCUAAAAAUUUCUUUUCACAUGCUAAAAUAUAUAUUCAGUUUGAGAUUCCGUUUCCAUAAGAAGAAGGAUUAAAAUUCUAAAAAAUUGAGAGAGAGAGAGAGAGAAAUUAUUCAAUCUAUUUUAAUAUGCAGUACAAAAUUUUAAUCUAUAAAAUAAUU